AUGGAGCUUGGCGAGAUUGUUGUGCCCGAACGUCCCAGUGAGAGGCAGCUGUACCCUGAGCAGAAGCCAAGAGCCCGGGGCCUGCUGGGGAGAAGCAGAGAUUGGAUCCACCAAGUUUAUGGGUAUCUCACAGGAGAAAUGAAAGAAUACGGAGAGUGGAUGAAAAACAGGCCCCUUGUGGUCCAGCUGGUGGACUGGAUCCUGCGAGGGACCUCACAGGUGAUGUUUGUCAACAACCCCCUCAGUGGGCUGAUCAUUUUAGUAGGGCUUUUCAUCCAGAACCCAUGGUGGGUGCUGACGGGCUGCACUGGAACCACCGUGUCGACAUUGACUGCGCUGGCCCUCAGUCAGGACAGAUCAGCCAUUGCAGCUGGGCUGCACGGCUACAACGGGAUCUUGGUGGGACUGCUCAUGGCUGUCUUCUCUGACAAAGGCGAUUACUACUGGUGGCUUCUUCCUCCUGUGGCAGUCAUAUCCAUGGCCUGUCCAAUCCUGUCCAGUGCUUUGGGAUCCAUCUUCAGUAAAUGGGACCUUCCCGUUCUCACUCUGCCCUUCAAUGUUGCGAUGACUUUGUACUUGGCAGCCACAGGACACUACAAUGCCUUCUUCCCUACAACCCUCAUCAAGCCUGUAGCAUCAGUGCCCAAUAUCACCUGGUCUGCCAUCAACGUGCCACUGCUCUUGCAGUCCAUCCCAGUCGGUGUUGGUCAAGUGUAUGGUUGUGAGAACCCCUGGACUGGAGGCAUCUUCCUUGUUGCUUUACUUAUCUCCUCCCCACUUAUUUGUUUACAUGCGGCAAUUGGAUCAACAGUGGGGAUGUUUGCAGCACUGAGCAUUGCAUCACCAUUUGACAGCAUCUACCUUGGCUUACACAAUUACAACUGCGCACUCGCGUGCAUUGCGAUUGGGGGCAUGUUCUAUGCCCUGACCUGGCAGACUCAUGUGCUGUCGCUUGCCUGUGCAUUAUUUUGUGCCUAUUCUGGAGCAGCUCUUGCUAAUGCCCUAUCUGUGCUUGGGCUGCCGCUCUGCACCUGGUCUUUUUGCUUCUCCGCGCUUCUCUUUCUGCUGAUAAACUCAGACAACCCAGCCAUCUACAAAAUCCCCCUGAGCAAAGUCACCUACCCAGAAGCCAACCGGCUCUACUACCUGAGAAUGAAGAGAAGAGCAUCAGAGAUCAGGAGAGAAGAGCAGAAACAAAUGGAGCAGAAACCCUCCGGUGACUCAAAGAUAAACACAGGAGGCACCCCCCUGUGCACCCCCAAAAACCGUCAGAACAUCAACAUGGAAAACCGUGUUGAUGCCAUGAUAAAAAGCAAGGGGGAAAGAAAGCAAAUAAAGCAAAAUCCACUGAGCAAAGCUGGGAAGAAAGUCUGCAAAGCUGUUGGGUACAUCACUGGAGACAUGAAGGCAUUUGGAGCCUGGCUAAAAGAUAAACCUCUCAUAAUCCAGUUUAUUGACUGGGUGCUGCGUGGGAUAUCCCAGGUGAUGUUUGUCAACAAUCCCCUCAGUGGGCUGAUGGUGGUUGGUGGCUUCCUGGUGCAGAACCCAUGGUGGACACUCACCGGCUGUUUAGGAACAGUUGUCUCAACUUUAACAGCACUUAUUUUGGGCCAGGACAGAUCAGCCAUAGCAGCAGGCCUGUAUGGCUAUAACGGGGUCUUGGUGGGAUUGCUCAUGGCCAUCUUCUCUGCUAAGGGAGACUACCACUGGUGGCUUCUACUGCCGGUAGCACUGGUGUCCAUGACAUGUCCUGUUUUCACCAGUGCUUUGGGGUCAGUUUUCUGUAAGUGGGAUCUACCUGUUUUCACCUUUCCUUUCAAUUUGGCUUUGACCCUCUACCUGGCUGCAACAGGACCACACAACCUCUUCUUCCCAACAACCGUCAUCCAGCCUGCAACAGCAACAUCAAACAUCACCUGGACAGAUGCUGAAGUGCCAAUGCUUCUGCAAUCCAUUCCAGUCGGGGUGGGUCAGGUUUAUGGCUGUGAUAACCCCUGGACUGGGGGAAUUUUCCUUAUUGCUUUAUUUAUCUCUUCUCCGCUCAUUUGUCUGCAUGCAGCAAUUGGAUCAGCAGUGGGGAUGCUGGCAGCACUGAGCUUAGCAACACCAUUUAACAAAAUCUACUCUGGCCUAUGGGGCUACAACAGCUCCCUCUCGUGCAUUGCCAUUGGGGGCAUGUUCUACGCAUUCACCUGGCAGACACAUCUGCUGGCAAUUGCCUGUGCGCUCUUCAGUGCCUACCUGGGAGCAACAGUGACCAACAUGUUGUCUGUUUUUGGAGUGUCAUCAGGAACCUGGUCUUUUUGUUUGUCUGCACUGACCUUCCUGUUGAAAACCACAAUCAACUCUGCCAUCUACAACCUGCCACUCUCCAAAGUCACCUAUCCAGAAGCCAACAGAGCUUAUUAUCUGAAGGUCAACAAACAGCAGAGGCCCUUCU